AUGACGGCCGCAAAGAGAGCGCGGGAGGAGCCUUUGGUUGCGGGGGGCGUGUCUGCCUCGCAUUCUGCCGGCACGUCCGCCCUCGCUGACGAGUACCACGGGGGAGCAAAUGGCGAGCCAGAGAGGAAAAAAGAGAAGGCUGCUGCUAGUGACGCCGAUCUCGUGGCUGCGCGCGGGACAAGUCGUCAAGAGAGCGGAAAAGCUCGCUACAAGCAGUGCGAUGCCUUUCUGGGUGAAGGAACUUACGGGCGUGUGGAGAAGGCGCAGGAUCUGCUGACGAACCAGAUUGUCGCAAUUAAAAAAGUCAAGGCGAAUGCAGCGGCCAACGUCUUUUCGUCGCAGAGCAAAGAUGCCGCCGGGGGCGUGACAGCCGACAAGGCGCGCGCAGCCCUUUUGCGGCAGAAUGUGGGAAGCGUCGGUCUCCACUUCACGACGAUUCGAGAGUUGAAGGUGAUGCGCGAAAUCGAGGAAGAGAACGUCAUGGGGGUGGUGGACGUGUUUGUCGAGCAAGACUUUAUCUGCCUCGUUAUGGAACUCAUGCAUGGCGAUCUGAAGAAGCUGAUUGACAGCAAGAUUCGCCUCUCGAUUCAGCACGUCAAGUGCAUCAUGACGCAGCUCCUAAAGGGGCUCCACGCACUCCAUCGACGCUACAUCGUCCACAGAGAUCUCGCACCCGCCAACGUGUUCAUCAACGACCAAGGCGUGUGCAAAGUCGCCGAUUUCGGUCUCUCGCGCUGUUUCGGAUGCCCCAUCGUCUCCGCCUGUGUGCCUCCCUCGGUGACCCCCCCGGCGUCCUCGCCCGCGGAGCCCAGCAAAGAGGCCGAGCAGGGAGUGCAGGGCUCCAACGAGGGCGGCACGCGAGGCGAGAAAGCUCAAGCGAGCGAAAAGGCCGGCGCAGCCCCCGUGGCUGUCAGCCGGAAAGAACUUAUGACAGCCAAGGUCGUCACGCUCUGGUACCGGCCGCCAGAGCUCCUCUACGGCGCAGACCGCUACGGAGACGCCGUCGACAUGUGGAGUGUUGGGUGCAUCAUGGCGGAACUCCUCACGGGGUCUCCAUUGUUUCCUGGCACGAACGAGAUUGACCAGCUGAGUCGCAUUUUCUCGCUGCGCGGGACGCCGGACACUGCCUCUGGGGCGGACGAGAGGUCGGGGCUGUGGUCCGCCGCUUCGGCUCUGCCCUCGUUCUUCCCCUUUACGCACACAGACGCCAAGCCCCUCAAGACAGUUUUUCCGUUCUGCUGCAACGACAGCCUCGAUUUGCUCGACCGGCUUCUCCAACUCGACCCUUCACGCAGAAUCAGUGCUGCUGAUGCGCUCAGCCACCAGUGGUUUCAACAGAAUCCCAAGCCCUGCGCCCCGAAGGACCUCCCGGUGCAUCUGCUAGGCAAAUUCUGA